AUGUUGUGUCACGAUCAUCUGUUGAAGCAGAAUAUUGUGCCAUGGCAACCCUGCCUCAAUGGUGCCACUUUCACAGCCUUGCUUGUUUAUGUAGAUGACAUAAUAGUUGCAAGCCAUUCCCUUGAUUUCAUUUUUGUUCUCAAAAGUUUUUUGAACCACCAAUUCAGAAUUAAAGACCUUGGAUCCUUAAGAUAUUUUCUUGCCAUUGAGGUUGCUAGAUCUCCAACUGGCAUUCAUCUUUGCCAAAGAAAAUAUACUCUAGAUAUACUUGCUGAUUCUGGUCACUUAGCUUCUAAGCCCUUGAAAAUUCCAAUGGACCAAAAUCACAAGCUAAGCAAGACCACUGGCACUCCCUUAGCUGAUCCCACCUCUUAUAAGCAGCUUAUAGGUCGACUUUUAUACCUCACCCUCACUAGACUAGAUAUAAGCUACCACAUUCAAGUCCUCGGCCGAUUUAUGGACAAACCCACCACCACCCACCUCACUACAGCUAAUAAAGUCCUGAGAUACCUUAAAAAUGCUCCUUGUCAAGGUAUCCUUCUGUCAUCUACUUCAUCAGUACACUUACAAGGUUACUAUGACUCAGAUUGGGCUUCUUGCCCUGAUACACGAAAAUCAGUAACUGGUUAUUGCAUAUUCUUGGGAAAUUCCCUCAUUUCUUGGUGUUCAAAGAAACAAAAUGUUGUGUCACGAUCAUCUGCUGAAGCAGAAUAUCGUGCCAUGGCAACCCUUUCUACUGAAUUCACAUGGCUCAUACAACUGCUCUCUGAUCUAUUUAUUCCUCAUCCUCAAGCUACUGAGAUGUUUUGUGAUAAUCAAGCUACUCUCCACAUAGCAGCCAACCCAGUUUUUCAUGAAAGGACAAAACACAUUGAAUUGGAUUGUCACUUAAUAAGAGAUAAAAUCCUAAGAGGCAGCAUCAAAACUGCUCAUGUCUCCACUCACUCACAGUUAGCUGACAUAUUCACAAAAUCCCUCCCAUCCUAUACCCUUUAUUCUCAUUUAUCCAAGAUAUGA